AUGGCGGAGAAGCGAAAGCUCCUUGCCGAGAUUGAUAAAUGCUUCAAAAAGAUCGAUGAGGGUGUAGAACUGUUUGAAGAGACCAUGGUGAAAAUGCACGAGGCAAAUAGUGAUAACCAACGGGAGAAAUAUCAGGAUGAUUUGAAAAAGGAGAUUAAAAAAUUACAACGGUUGAGAGAUCAAGUGAAAGGGUGGCAGAACUGCUCGGAGAUAAAGGACAAAGACAAGUUGACCCAUUACCGCAAGAUUAUCGAACAGCGAAUGGAACAGUUUAAGGACAUCGAGCGGGAGAACAAGACAAAACCCCAUAGCAAACAGGGCUUGAGUGCGGAAGAGAAGUUGGAUCCGAAGGAAAAGGAAAAGGUAGAUACGAUCGAAUGGUUACAGAGUCAAAUUCGAGAACUUAGUGACGAGGGAGACCGUACAGAAUCGCAGAUAGAAUCUCUUUCAACUUUGGACGCUGGAAAAAGAGGACGAGGGAAAAAAGAGGACGGAAAGAAGGGAGAAAAAGAGACUAGUUAG